UUUAAUCUGAGAGGAUCAUUCAAAAGCGUGACAUCACGAAGAACACUCCGAGAGCCUCUAUGACACAUUCAGUAGUUGGUAAGUGAGACCAGUAGGGGGUAGGAUCGUUUUCCCCUGAUCUCCAGCCUCCAGCAGCCCAAGUUCGGUCUCAGUGCUGCAUGAACGCACGGCGAGAGGGGGAGGACACUUCCCCUCUCCAGCAUCAAACGCGAGGGAUGCGCUUCAUCGCCUUAGGGGACUGGAUGGAUGGAGCGACAGGGUCAUGAAGGUGACCGCAACCUCUGGGUUGGAUUUAGGGGGCCGUUUCCGCAGAAGGAGCCUAUCCAUAAUUAAUAAGAACGAGUCGGAGAUCCUAGAACCGAAGCGCAACCACCGGCGAGUCAUGUCACCAACUGACAGCGCUUCCAGAGGAGCUGACGAGGAGGACAAAGGAGGAUGAAGGAGGCAGAGGAGGAUUAUAAUGAAGCUGAGUGGCAAAGGACUGUGCACCAUCGUCUCCAGCAGUCUGCUCUUCGUGUGCGCCGUGAGCGCCGUGGUCGUGGGAUUCAAAUGCAUCGCGUUGGGCUCCAGUGUGCAAGCGCACUUCCACCUGGCCACCGCGGCCGGCGCGUUUUACUCGGGCAUCCUGGUGACUCUCGGGCAGGUCCUGAUUGGGGUGGCGCUGGUCUUUUGCCGGGGCAAUCCCAGGUGUGCGAAUUUCUUUCUCUUUGGGAUCUUAGUGUUUCUUUUGGGGGUCCUGACGGCGUUCUCCGGUGCGGUGGUGGAUGGCGACACGGUGUCGCUGGUGGAGAGGAAGUACGCGCACUAUUGCCAGAACUCUGUGGAUGUAAACCCUGCGUGCGACCGGCUCAAAGUGUACCAGCGGGGUCUGGUGGUCUCCACUAUUCUUAACACUCUGGAGUGCCUCCUGGGGUUGAUGAACCUUGUGAUCAUCAAGCGUUACCAAACGGCGCAGUUUCACCGGAGACGCCGGACGCAGAGGCAGAGCGCGCGGAUCGUGCUGAACGAGGAGCGCGACUUCGCGGUCACGGAGUUCCAGCCGGUGUCCUACAUCAAUUUAGCGGUGUUUAGCGCGUUGGAGGGUGCAGACGGGGAAGUGCACAGCCGGGGCCACCCGUCCAUGGAGCUGCCGGGCUAUUCGCCCGCCAAUCCGGAGCUUAAUCACACGUACCCGUUUUCUUACCCGCUUCACAACGAGUUGCCACCUGCCUACGAGGACAUAUUCCCUGGAGAAGCGAGCAGCGAAUAGCAAAGAAGAGGAACCGAGUUGCAGUUUUGCAGUGACAAUCACGCAUUCGGCACGCUGAACUUGGAAUCGACAUUAUUUCUAUAUCACGGUGACCAGCUGUUGCCUAAAUGUACUUUUGAAUUCAGUGGAGGUUACAGCCAGCGCUCUGAACAAACCCUACACUUGUUCAUAAACUACGAGCCCAUGAGAAGGUAAACGUACUGAAAGGAUUGAAUAUACAUGCAAUUUCUUUUCUUUUGACUGACCGAUUGUAUUCUCUGUUCAUCCCUUGUCUAAACCCCAAAGGUUUGUGUCCAGGAUUCCCAUUGGACUUUUUGGAAUUUAAAAGGAUCCUGAUUUUCGUACAGUAUUCCAGCAGGGCACAAAACAUAAAGAAGUUACCAAUUGGGCAAAAAGAACAAACGAAACGGUGAACGUAGCUACUGGAAGUGUACAUGACAUUUUUUUUUUCUUUUCUUCUUUAUUUAUUUAUUUAUUUAUUUUUGACCUUCUUGAUUGAUUGUAUUCCCAAACAAUCCUUAGUCAAAAUCCUAAAGGCGUGUGUACAGGACUUUUAAGAUUUUUUUUUUUCUUCUUAAAUUUGACAACUCAACCAUAAAGGAUGUGUUUUAUAGGAUUUCAACAGGAGGCAAAACAAAAAGAAAUUCAGGAUAAAAAAGAGCCUAUGAUAAAAAGGAAAACGGAAAGAAAAUUUGUUUUCUGACUUUAUAACUAAUCAUUUACAACCAGAAUCAUAACUGUAAUCAUAAACCCCAGAAAAUUCCCAAUAGAGCCAUCGGGAUUUGCAACUGGACGAAAUGUCCCUCUAGAUCAUCAAAAGUAUUCUGAAAUUGAAAAUAGCACUCUAAGAAUCAAAUAAGAAUUCCUGUAGGAUUUUUCCUUUAGGAUUGAAGUUUCAUUGGGAAUCCUGUACACUGUAUUUUUUUGACUAGGGAUGCACAUGUAUUUUCUCGAUGUGGCUCUCUUGUUUUCCCUCAUAUUGCUUAUGUUUAGCUUCUGAAUAAAAGGUGUAUGUACUCUCUCCUGAUGUUGCUGUUGAGUUCAGGUUAACUAAUGCAUUUGUGCAUGCAGUGCUUCUCAGAGGGUGACUGCAUGUCUGCCUGCAGCAGGUGUUGCCAUGGUUCCUUGACCCUUUUUCUACCUGCGUGUAAUUAGAUAUGUAACAACCCAGUCUUUGAAAUGCAGAUUUGCUUGGUUUGUCAAGUUUGAUCUGGUGUACAAAGCAAAGCAGGUUGUUUAAUGUAACAAACACAUUCAUACGUUUCAGUUUAGCAUUUUAGAAAGAUCUCUUUGAGUCUAUCUGAAUGGAUUUCACUGAAUGCCUCCGGGGCAUUUUCAAAGAGCUGCGCUUUUCCUCCGAGGUAUUAUAUGCAUUACAAACACAAUGAGAAUUUGCCUGAGUCCGGUAAUUAUUCUGAGUGGGUAUUAUAUGCUUUGGCACAAGACCAAAACCUCUGAUGAGGCUUUUUUCGAUUAAAGAGAUAAGCUUUUGUCUGAGACGUUACUGGAGCUGGAAGUAGAUUGGGGUCAAAAAGUCUGAGACCAUGAGUGAAAGUGCUGCUAUUUUCAUAAUGUUGUUUGCUUUAAUGAGAGCAGCUCUGAAAACCUGAUGAUCAUGUUCUCCAGAAUGAUUUGAGAUGGUCCAAAAAGCAUUUUGAGAUUUGUAGGAUAUGUGCAAAUAAUCGUAGUCAGAAUAUACAAACCCGUGUGAAAUAUUUACAAUUUAA